AUGAGCAGUAAGGCGUCGAGUAAACCGAUUUUGCGAAGAGUUUAUGAUCAUUUAGACAGUGAGCCUGAAGAUCUGAGAAAAAAGCUCUCUCGGGUGCGUGAUUCUUUCGAUGCUUUGGACAAAGAACUUUUUCCCUCUGGCAGGCCGAAAGAUAUCUACCGAGAACCCCAGCUUUUUCCUGGAACAGAAGAUGGGAGGGAUAAACAUCAUCGUCGAGUCAGAACUGUCAAGCCUGUGUUGAAACGAAUCGUUGAUCCGAUCGAACCUUCCAGCGGAGAAGAAGAUGAUGAUCUUGUGAUUGUCGAUUCGAAGCCGGGAAAAUCAAGAAAGCACCGGAAAAGUGGCGAUCAGUCCUGUUCAAGAACUGCUAGCUCUGAUGUCUCUCGCACAGGCGUUCUCCAAAAAGAACAAAAGGGCAGUACAACCGAUGUCUGGUCAGAAGCAUCAAUCAGAAAUGCUCGACUCUCGAUGAUGAUCGUGCAAGUGGAUAAAAUCCGAAACAAGGUGAAAAAAAAUCGAAAAUUCCCGAAGCACACGCUGAAAUCUGUUGGAUAG